GAGACGAAAUGGGAAGGAGAAAGAUACAGCGCCGAGAUAAAGACGCAAAGACUAACGGACAGGACUCAGCAGAAGAGAUGGCUCGCCACACAGGAACCUUUGGAAGCAAACUUCUCCCCACAGUCUUGUACAUGGUGGCGGCGUGCAGUGCGAUCCCCAUCACCGACCUGCUCGACCGAGCCUCUCAGCGCUCCGACCAACUGCACUCCCUCAGCACGACUCUCACCCAGGACCUGGACUCGCAUUUGCCUCUCACAGUCCGGCUGACCUUGCCCCGCCCCUCGGUGUGCCACACCGCCUCUCUGCAGACACCCAAUGACAAGGAGCAAGCUCUUCAAGUACCAGAGUCGGACCUUUUGUCCCUUGCGCGCUCCUUGCUCCAAGCCUGGGAGGACCCGCUGGUGUUUUUGUCCACCUCUGCCAACUUCCUGCCUCAUCCAGCCCAAAACGCCAUAUCCAACAAGAUCCAGGAGCUGCGAGACCACUCCAAGAGCCUUGGAGACGGCCUGAACAUCCUGUCUGGCAAGAUGGGUCCAGGAGCUCGGACCAUCUCCAUGCUGCCCUACACAGGAGGCAACGACGUUGGCCAGGACACGAUUUCCCAAUUGAUCAACUUGAAUUUCCUGUUGUCCUGCUUCCGCCGCGACUCCCACAAGAUCGACAGCUUCCUGAAAAUAUUACGCUGCCGAGCAACAGGGCUACCGCAGAUGUGCUAGAGAGGGAGGCAGCCGGCUUGAGGUUCCUCAAAGCUGGUAUUGCCUACAAACUGUAGCUUAGCACGUGCUGGAAAUCUGCGAUCUGAGAUAAUAACCUUACUAAGUAGUUGUCAGUCUGGGCUUCUAAGAUGAGGAGGAGGAGGAGGAGGAGGAGUUUCAUUGCACACAGAGGAAAUCAAAUUUUAUUUAAAAAACUCGAGGCAUUAUGGUCAUCAGUCUAAUUGGCAACGUGAAUGUAUAGCUGCUAAGAUAUUGUGAAAAACUCUUAAGAAACUUUCACCCUAAAUUUGUGAAGAGCCGUUCAUCUCAUACAGCCUCCGUAUUAGUAAAAACUGGAGCAGCAGUGAACCGACUGAUCGCACUGUUUUGCGAUGAGGACAAAGCACAGCCCAGAUGUUUCCAGCUGGUCUGGCAUUAUCAGCUCACCCUAUUGUUGUCACAUAAACCGGUGUGCCAUCUCUCUCGUUACUCCUCCAGUCGUUCCUUCUUCUUAAGCUUUUUCUUGUGCGUGGUAGCAGGCAGGCUGAGACGUCAGCGGCCGAAGUCGUUCUCUCACACUGGGAGGUUUUCAUAGAGAAAAGUCUCCCUAACUUGUGCUCCACCGCCGCAUUUGCACUUUAGAUUUGAUUACACUUUCCUGUCGGACCCUUCGGACGCGCAUCAAUUAAUUUGAAUAUCUCUGUUCAUCAAUAAAGAAUAUCUCUUGCACAGUAAA